CGACGCGGGCGGAUGACAUAGGUGCGCGGGCAGCUCGACAGCAUGGCGUCCGUGUCGCUGAGCGAGGCGGAGAAGGUGUACAUCGUGCACGGCGUGCAGGAAGACCUCCGCGUGGAUGGCCGCGGCUGUGAGGACUACCGAUGCGUCCAAGUGGAAACAGACGUGGUGUCCAACACCAGCGGGUCUGCCAGGGUCAAGCUGGGUCACACAGACAUCUUGGUGGGAGUGAAAGCGGAGAUGGGGACGCCGAAGCUGGAGAAACCAAAUGAAGGCUACGUGGAGUUCUUUGUUGACUGCUCAGCCAAUGCCACUCCGGAGUUUGAAGGUCGAGGAGGUGAUGACCUUGGCACCGAGAUCGCCAACACCCUGUACCGGACAUUUAACCAGGGCAGCCUGGACCUGAAGUCGCUGUGCAUUAGUCCUCGGGAGCACUGCUGGAUCCUCUAUGUGGAUGUGCUGCUGUUGGAGUGCGGUGGCAAUCUGUUUGAUGCUAUUUCUAUUGCUGUAAAGGCUGCUCUCUUCAAUACAAGGAUACCAAGAGUUUCUGUUGUAGAAGAUGAAGAGGGGUCGAAGGAGAUUGAACUGUCUGAUGACCCCUAUGACUGUAUCCAGCUCAGCGUGGAGAAUGUUCCCUGCAUCGUCACCCUGUGCAAGAUCGGCUACCGGCACGUGGUGGAUGCCACUCUCCAGGAGGAGGCCUGCUCCUUGGCCAGCCUGCUGGUGUCGGUGACCAGCAAGGGAGUCGUGACGUGCAUGAGGAAAGUGGGCAAGGGCAGCCUGGACCCCGAGAGCAUCUUCGAGAUGAUGGAGACUGGCGAGCGUGUGGGCAAGGCGCUGCAUGCCUCCCUGCAGAGCAUCCUGCACAAGGAAGAGAGCCUGGGGCCCAAGAGGCAGAAGGUCGGAUUCCUGGGAUGACUCGCACAGCACCCACUCUGCAGUGCGGCCUGCUCCCGCCUCCUCUCGAGCUGGAGCUUGUACAUAUUUGUGUUCGCUGUCAUGAAUGGCAGGCAACGUUUGUACUAAAGUCUCUAUU